AUGGCACCAGCUGCUGCUCUAGAAAUGCAGCAAAUGGGAUCGGCGAAUACUGGCUCCCUCCCAGAUUUGUCUAGCCUUCAGUUCUGCUCGCCGUUAAAAACUCCAUUAGAUCCACCGACUGAUCCGGAUGACAGCGUGGGUAAUCUGCGACCAAGCGGAGCGCUUCGUUCUCGUGCAGUUCGUCAAAGUUUACAACGUCGCCAUACUCAUAGCGGACCAAGUCCGCUGGUUGGACAACCCCGUCAUAACAUGCAACAGCUAAAUGCUGUUUCAGGAGAGCCUGUGAAACAAGAAAAAUAUAAUCAGCAGUAUGCACAUUAUCAACUUCCAAGGCAAAUGCCUCCAAUGAUGUAUCGACAGAUACAGCAGCAACAGCAGUCUCCAACUACUCAACAACCAGUAGAAUUCACUUUACAAUACAGUGGUAAUAACCCUGUUAACUCUAUCAGCCCAUCGACUACUAUGCAAUCGAUGGGAUCUACUAGACCAUCUAUGUCCGCUUCGAAUAACAAUUACUAUCAGCAGCGGCAACAACAAGUAGUAUUCACCAAUUCCAUGCAGUCGCAACUAGAGCCAGGCGGUUAUAAUAAUUCCGUGGGCAAUAAUUUAUCUCAGCAACAAAGGACAGCAAGCAAUCCUAAUCUUUCUAAUGGCUAUAACAUGAUGCCUCGGUCAAAUGUAGCCAGGGAUACCGGUAGCCAUAUACCUAAUAUUAUUUUAACUGGAGAAAUUGAUGCAAACCAAAACUCUAAUUACUUGUCGAAUGAAAUGGAUAAGGAAGAUGAUGUACUUGUUUCCGAUGCUAAUAUGGGUACAGAUCUAUUUAAUUUCCAUGAUCUCGAUUCCAUUGAUUACGCUAACUUACAGCUAUUGGAUAAUCCCGAGUUUAUCGCUGACUCAGCUGCAGAGGCUGUAUUUCGGUCAGAUAGACUAGGAUGA